UACAGGGCUAUCAUAAUCCCCUUCAUAAAAAUGUUAGGGCUAUCAUAAUCCCCUACAUGAAAAUUACAGGGCUAUCAAAAUCCCCUCUUUCAAAUUAAAAUAGGGAUAAUGUCUCAGUUUCUAGACAGAGAUAAUUGAAUUGGGCUAUGAUACUUCUGUUUGAUGUUAACCAAUUUUUGAGUAAAAGAACAGAGAUUAAUUGACUUUGAUGUUGUACUAGGGUGUUAACUAUUUAUUGAAAAACUUCUGUUUGAUCUUAACCAAUAUUUGUAACAGUUUGACAUUUUUUCAGACACAAUUAUUUAACUACCCUUUUGUAAGAACAAUGAGUAAAAGAACAGAGAUUAAUUGACUUUGAUGUUGUACUAGGGUGUUAACUAUUUAUUGAAAGUGUUAAUAUUCUUUUUAAUUUUUUGUGUGUUAUCAAGUUAUUUAUAAGGCAUGUUUCUUUAUCAUGUAUAACAAUUUACAAUCUUUACUUUCACAGUUUGCCAGUUAAUAACAGCGUUUAAUUGGUAUUUGUAUUUCAAUUAAUGCUGUUCAUUAUUUAAUUAGGAAAAUUGCUUCAGAUCUACUCUGAUAAUUACUGUAAUAGUAAAUAUAUUCUUUGAUUUGUUUUAUCUUAUUUGUUACUCCCACCAUUCUAUUUUAACAGUUUUUUUUUUUUACUCAAAAAUCUAAUUUGUAUAAUUUUGGGUAUAAAAUAUAAGAAAAUGCAAGAAGGACAUCACAUCAUUGUAUGUUCUUUCAUAAUGGAAGUCAUUCAAAGAAAUAAAGGUUCUCGUAAACUCCUUAAUGCUGGCUUUGCAUACACAAAGAAGAGUCAGUCAAAAUCCACAAUAAGAUGGGAAUGCUCUCAAAGAAUAGCUAAGUCUUGCAAGGGUGCACUUGUCACUGAUUUAUUGGUUACAGACAUCAAAUCAUCAGUGGGGCAUAGUCAUGAGCCAGAUUUCUUUGCCAACCAGGCACUCAGAGUUAGAGCCGAAAUCAAGUCCAGUGCAGAAGCUAAUCGUGGUAACUCUGGUCAGAUUGUUACAGACAAGCUCUCUUUACAGUCCAAAGAAGUAAUUGUAGCUGCUGGUUCGAAGAACGCUCUCAAGCAGACAGCACGACGCGCAAAAAAGGGAACAUCACCAAAGGACCCAUCCACAAUAGCAGAAAUCCCAGUCCCGUUUCCUGAUGAAUAUGCUGGUAAUGUCAUCUAUGAUAAUGAAUCCCAACAACGUGUUAUUCUCUUCGCAACAGACGAUGGUUUGGGCUUACUCGAGAAUGCAGACACCUGGUUUAUGGACGGAACACACUCUACAGCGCCUACACAGUUCCAGCAGCUGUUCGUGAUCCGAGUUCCGCUUGCAGAGACCUGUGCCUCAGCAGUCUACGCACUUCUGCCGUCCAAACAACAAGUGGUGUAUGAGGAGAUGCUGACAGGUAUUCUAGAUGCCUGUCUUCAGCGAGACAUCCGUCCAAACCCAGUGCGUAUUGUCACAGAUUAUGAAGUGGCGAUACACAACGCUGUCCGGGCAGUCCUUUCGCAUGAUGUCCAUAUACAGGGAUGCUUUUAUCACCUGACUCAGGCUACAUGGCGGCGUGUCCAGGCAGAAGGUCUUCAGGCAGCCUACAACUCUGACGAGGGAGUCAAAACAGUCUGUGGGAAGUUGGACAGUCUGGCGUUCUUACCGACUGCUGACGUUGCCAAUGGUAUGGAAGUUCUACGCGAGGAAGCACCUGAGAACAUGACCUGUCUUGUCGAUUACUUUGAUGCUAAUUAUGUUAAUGGUAACUUCAGAUCUGUGGUGGCACCAAAUGGAAACUUAAGACUACGCAAGACGUCUCCAAGAUUCUGCCCAACAGUAUGGAAUGUACAUGAAGCUACGCUUCAGGACAGAGACAGAACAAACAACCAGUGCGAGUCGUGGAACCAUAGUUUCAAACAUCUUGUAGGUCAUUCAAAUCCAUCACUCUGGACAGUAGUAAGCUGUUUGAAUAAGGAUGCAACAAUGGUUGAAGCCGACAUCUUGAGGUGUGAGCGUGGAGAACCGCCCAAGAAAAGAGUGAAGAAAUCAACAAAAGCACACCAGCAGAGACUGAAGACUCUUUGUCAACAGUAUGCCAAUGGCCAAAAGAAUAUUCAGGAAUUUCUUAAUGCUAUGGGACAAUUUAUUAGAAUUAACUAAGUGUUAUAUAACAGUUUAUAGUAAAGCAGACACAGGAAAAUGUGCUUUAGUUUACUUAAGAACUCUUGUGCUAAUGUUAUAAAUGAGAUAAUAAUGACAUGAAAUAACUGUUAUACUUGUUGUAUUUUAUGAACAUUUUAGUGACUAAUUGAAAUGUGAUUUAGUUUAACUAAGAACUCUUGUGCUAAUGUUAUAAAUGAGAUAACAAUGACAUGAAAUAACUGUUA